AUGGCGCGAGCAACUCCAACACUAAACCAAAACCACCAGAGUCUAUUCACCUUCAACUCCAAAACUUCACUCUCUCUCUUUUUCUACAACUCUCAUAAAUCACUCCAACCCUCGGUAAAGCCUCUCAAAUUUCUGUCUUCCUCUCUAUUUUCCUCAACACUACAGUCUCAAUCGUUACAGCCAUGUUAUCGCUUAACUCGCGUCUCCACGGCCCCGUUAGAGUACGCCCCACCAGCUCCAGACUUCGAUUUCCGCCAAGAAAUCGCACGGCUUCAAGCUCUACGAUCAAUGCUCUCUAAUGCAGAGACAUUAGAACAAAAAACGCAAGUAAUUGAAAAUGAUUCAAGAGUGAAGCUAGUCUUCAAUUCUCAUAAAGAUGGGUUUUCUAGGGCUUUAGAGUCUUUGAAUUUGGAUGAGUAUGCAUUUUUUUUGCUGAAGUGCUUGAUAGCUGCCGGCCAAGGGCAUGUUCUUGGUUUGGUUGAGGAUGAGGUUGAAGGGGAGUUUGAGAGUGCGGCGAAAGGUUCUUUGAAGAGCGCGCUUUACUCGUUGGCCGAAAUGAUUGAGAAGUGGGAUGUGAGUGGUGGUAAUGGAAAAUUGGAGAAGAAGGUUAACGUGAGGCUUGGAGAGGAAGAGUUUGGGGCAUUGAGGUCACUGUUGAAGACUCUGGGAGAGAUUGAACAAUUCUAUGACUGCAUUGGAGGGAUCAUUGGAUAUCAGAUAAUGGUACUAGACCUUCUUGCUCAGUCAAAAUAUGAAAGGCAGACAAUAAACUGGUCCCAGAGCAUAAAUAAAACAAUGGAAUACCAAUUUUUAGAAAUUCAUCCUCCAAAUGUAGUUGACCUUUCUCAAGACACAGAAUAUGCUUCUCAAGCAGCUCUAUGGGGAAUUGAGGGUUUGUCAGACCUAGGAGAAAUAUACCCCCUUGGAGGUUCUGCAGACAGGCUUGACCUGGUUGACGCUGUUACAGGUGACUCUCUUCCUGCUGCAAUGCUUCCUUAUUGUGGACGGACCUUAUUGGAAGGUCUUAUAAGAGAUCUUCAGCCUCUUGUUCCUGCUGUUAGUGCAGAGGAUGGCCAAUGGUUGGUCACCAGACCAUUCAUUCCUGUAUGCAAGCCUGGUGGUCAUGGAGUGAUAUGGAAACUGGCCUACGAUAAAGGCAUUUUCCAAUGGUUUCGUGAUCGUGGAAGAAAAGGGGCAACUGUUCGACAAGUCAGUAAUGUGGUGGCUGCUACAGAUUUGACCAUGUUGGCGUUGGCGGGGAUUGGAUUGCAUCAUCAAAAGAAGCUGGGGUUUGCAUCAUGUAAGAGGAACUCCGGGGCUACAGAAGGCAUAAAUGUUCUAUUUGAGAAGAAUUUUGAUGGGAAGUGGGCGUAUGGUCUGUCAUGCAUUGAGUACACGGAGUUUGAUAAGUUUGGAAUCACUGAUGGUCCUCUUUCUUCUAAUAGGUAUUUUGACAUCCUUCGUGCUUUAAUGAACAAAAUAUUGAGCACGGGUACUUUUGCCAUUUCUGCACAUUGCUGUAACUGCAAAUAUAGUAUCUUUAGCUAUCUUUUUCCUAUAAUAGUUUCUAACAAUCUCACAGAAAGUUGGACUAAAANCAUGGAAGAAAAGGGGCAACUGUUCGACAAGUCAGGUUAG